AUGUCAGCGGCAGAAAUUCAGAACAUCAUAAGUCAUUACACAAGAGACAGUGAUCCACGUGUAAGAAAAAGUGCCUUGAAUUCCUUAGUACGGAUGCAUUUGCGUGGAUGUCCUUUAGAUCUCGGAAUAUAUAAUUUGUCCGUUAUUGCAUUGAGAGAUGAUUAUGAAGAAGUGAGGAUGGGCGGUUUAAAUUUGAUGGGUGUUUUGAGUGCAUUAUACCCAGAGCAUCGUAUGCGAUUAGCUCAUGAAGAAAUCAACGAAACUACACGACUUAUAGAUGAUGCAUUCAAUCGAGUUUGUGAUUUAGUCAAUGAUUCUGCUGUCACUAUCAGAACGAAAGCGUGUGUGAUGAUGGCCUCCUAUCAACAUGUCGGAACAGACACAUUGGCACAAACAUUCAGUAAAAAAAUCAUGUCGAACUUCAAAAGAACUGUACCCAAAUAUAAGUUACAACAGAAGAAGUAUGCUAGGCUUGCAAAGCAGGGAGGCUAUAUACCUGUUGCUGAAGGAGACAUUGAUGUAGAGUCGGAUGAGUUUCAUUUGUUGGAUUCUGGCGCAUGUGGCGCCUUUAUCCAUGGUCUAGAAGAUGAAUUUAUGGAAGUUCGAAAUGCAUCUAUCGAUUCUAUUUGCGAACUAUGCAUGUAUAACGAAAAUUUGACAAAAAAGGCUGCUGAAUUUUUGGUUGAUAUGUUUAAUGAUGAUAUUGAAAAGAUACGGCUGAAUGCAAUUCAAAGUUUGCGUAAAAUCGGCUCUCGAACGGUAUUGGAGUUUGAUGAAGAACAACUGGAAAUAGCAGUGGGUGCGUUCGAAGAUAGCGAUCCAAUAGCAAGACAAUCUGCGCACGAAUUGCUCACUGUGAUUCGACUAACUGAGCAAGAAUCAUUAGUCACUUUAUUAACCGCAAUGGAAGCAAAUAUAAAACGAUAUCCGACAGAUAUCCUGUCAAUUUAUCGAUGUCUUUGCGAGGUUGGGAAAAGACAUGAGGAUUAUGUUGAACAUCUUAUACCAACUUUAUUAAAUUUGGACAAGCGUUACUUACCCAAAGAAGCCAAUGUUGAAGAUAUUAUGUAUACUGCCUAUGUCAUUCUGAUUGCCAAUGCAUGUCUUUCCAAUAUCAAGCUGCUCCAAGGACUACCAAAAUACAUUUUUCGCCAUUUUGCGUAUUUCAAGUCCAAGUAUCCUGAGUGCUUACCGGACUUACGGAAACUAUACAAAAUAGCUGGAAUAAAGCUAGAAGGAGAUGUUGAUUGUUUACCUAUGACUUUUAGCGCAUCAACUAGGAAGUUAAUUGCGGCAGAUGCAGACAAUUAUAUGACAACGACUAUCGAUACAUUGCGCGCUAUCAAAAGUCAGUUGGAGAAGAACGAAUUAUCCACAGCCUUAUUAACCAUCGAAGUAGCAAUGCGUAAUUUCAAAUACAUAUCCAGGCUGAAGCCAAUUUUACUUGGAAAAUCAGAGCUUGCACAACUCUAUCUUGAAUGCUAUGAACUCGUUAUAAAAGUAAAGCAGAGCCAUUCCUCACCCACCUAUGCCGAUACAGCACAGUCGAUUGCAGCCUCUUUGUUGAAGAAGUCAUACAUCAUACAGUAUACAUUUUUAGGAUUGUCGAAACAAACUUUAAGAGCAGCGAUGUAUUAUCGCAUAAUGGCGAAUAUGAUCUGGAUUCAAUUUAUUGAAACGGCUGACGAUACUCAACCAACGAUAACAUUAGCAGAGUUGAAGAAGAAUCUUUCAACAGCCAGCGAACUGCCAUUAACGGCAAAAAUUACCCACUUAUACAAAUUUAUGAUGCAUACAACCGCAGAGAUCACCCUGCCUAAACCAAAUGUCGACAAACCGUUCAAGUUCAAGUCAGAAUAUCCAGUUGCAAUGAGGGUUGAAGCCGACAUAUUCAAUGCGUAUGAUACGAAUACAAUUGCCGUGGAGAUUAUACUACCAGACCAAUUGUCUAUCAUAUUUUGGCCAUCGCCAAGUCAUUUUAAACCAGUCAAACCUUAUUGCUACAAGUUGAGCACAGAUGUUCAACUAUCGUUGGAACCAUGGACAGUUCCUAAAGAAAUGAUUAUACGCAUUGUUCAAUCAUUCGAGCCAGAUUUGCCGGAACUCGAUGAAUAUAUCAUGAAAUACCCUGAUUACGCAACCGUGAAGACCUCAUCUAAUAUGGAGCCGUCUACAAUACCUACUUCAUCUUGCGUUAUCAGCGAGCAUUUGAACUAUAGCCUAUGGCCUAUGUCAAUGAGUUCCGCGCCAAAUUCUAAUAUUAACUUCAUUAGACCACCUUUGUAA